AUGUAUGUCUACAUCACAUUCUACAUCACAGUCUACGUCACAGUCUACGUCACAGUCUACGUCACAGUCUACGUCACAGUCUACGUCACAGUCUACGUCACAGUCUACGUCACAGUCUACGUCACAGUCUACGUCACAGUCUACGUCACAGUCUACGUCACAGUCUACAUCACAGUCUACGUCACAGUCUGCGUCACAGUCUACGUCACAGUCUACGUCACAGUCUACGUCACAGUCUACGUCACAGUCUACGUCACAGUCUACGUCACAGUCUACGUCACAGUCUACGUCACAGUCUACGUCACAGUCUACAUCACAGUCUACAUCACAUUCCUACAUCACAUCUACGUCACAGUCUGCGUCACAGUCUACGUCACAGUCUACGUCACAGUCUACGUCACAGUCUACAUCACAGUCUACGUCACAGUCUACGUCACAGUCUACGUCACAGUCUACGUCACAGUCUACGUCACAGUCUACGUCACAGUCUACGUCACAGUCUACGUCACAGUCUACGUCACAGUCUACAUCACAGUCUGCGUCACAGUCUGCGUCACAGUCUGCGUCACAGUCUACGUCACAGUCUACGUCACAGUCUACGUCACAGUCUACGUCACAGUCUACGUCACAGUCUACGUCACAGUCUACGUCACAGCGACACACACCUGGAGAUGA